AUGGUUGGAAAGCAGUAUUUGGCUUUGGUUUGGGGACACGUUGGUGUUCGUACUGUCCCCUGUGAUCCGGAAACUGUACACGAAGUCCGACCUAACGUGUACCUGGUUCAAAUGGGGCUUGGUUCUAUCGACCAUCAAUGGCCUUGCGGGAGGGAGCAAAAACUGGUCGCUCCGUUCACAGAUCCUCGUUGUAGGAAUGUUCGUGAUUGUUCCACCAUCGUCGUUGUACUUGAACACGGGCGUGUUCUCGGUGAGCCCGCUAGUCGUCUGCUUUUGAUCCCCAAAACCGGUCGGAGACACCAACUUCGGGUGCACUGUGCUGCCGGCCUUGGACAUCCGAUUGUGGGCGAUUUGUCCUACUCACCAUGGCCGUUCAUUAGCCAGCAUAAUGCGCUAAAUCACGAUUCGUCUCUGGACUACCGACUGAAUCGUAUGAUGUUACACGCGUACCGUUUGAAUAUGAUCAUACGCAGUCAACGAGAAGGUGCCCUUGUUCAUCAUCAUCGGGAUCGCAAGGGAUUUUUGCACGACACCCUGGUGGAUAAGCAUCAAGUAUUGGAUUUGUGCACCGGUGAUCCGAAUUUUUUUCCCUCAGAUUCCCAUGCGUGGUCGGUGGAGACGGAAUUGCAUAGCCUUUCUCAGUGGCGCGAUACAUUCACGCUUUGA